GUAUUGCUGCCGCCGGUCAACGCGGUCGGAUUGUCGCUUCUUUCGUCAAACUAAGUCGUUCGGGAUCAUUUGGAACUACCAUAAUGCCACAAUCAUUUAGAAUGUUGUCAAAGAGCUCGGCUGUGCGGGGCGCUCUCCUCGCGAGUGCAGCUGCAAUUGCGUUCGGGGUUGCCCGUCAUGGCCUACGCGCCAUGCGUCGUGCUCCAAGGCUGUCCAUAAACGCCAAACCCUGCAAUGAAGAGCGCGAGGAAGCCAAAGAAGCGGAACCGGCUUGCAUCGAACUGGCACCGGAGUUGGACGACGCGCCGGCGGUUCCGCCAUGCGACAGCCUGCACCUGACGGCCAACACGGCUGCCGCUUGCGCCAGUUGCAGCAGCAGCAACAACAACAGCAGCAGCGAUGCCAGCUGCUCAUCAGCGGAGGGCAGCAGCUUGAGCGGCAGCGCGGAAGGCUCUGCUUCCACCAUCACGGAUGAGCACGUCUCGGCCGCCGCCGCCACCGUGCCUGUUGCUUCUGUGAUCAACGCACAACCCGCUCCCGUGGACCAGGAGGAGCCGGCUACCGAUGUGCCGAAGGCGACGGCAAGCGCGCCGGCCCACGCAGACUACCCUCGACACGGCGGCGGCCCCGCUGGCUCGGACGUCGCGGCGGCUGGUAUCCCGAGCAGUGCAAGCGCUCCUGCUGCGCCCACCUCCAACCACACCGCUACUUCGCCCGCCGGCGGUGCAGUGCCGGCUUCACAAGGGGCACACAUGAGCCAGCAGGACAUCCAGGCGUUCGUGGAGCACAGCGGCCUCAAGUGCUGCAGGGUCGUUCGGGACCUCGGGCAAGGCGCCUUCGGCUACACGCAGGAAGUGGACAUCGCGCUUCCCAACGGCACCACCAUCAAAGCCGCACGGAAGACCCUGCUGCCUCAGAAGAACGGACAUGUCGUUCCGGCGCUGCUACAGCAGGAGGUGGCGGGCCUGCGGGCUGCCGCCGGCUGCGCGUUCGCCAUUCAACUCCUGGGGUACUCUUGCCCAGCCACCGAGACCGAGCCGGUGGAGUUACUGCUUACCUACGUGCCAGGCGGGACCCUCGCCGAGUACCUGGAUGACCUGAUGAGGGCCAACCAGAUGCGCAUCUUCCACGGCCCACCUCCCACAGCCAAGCGCACCGGCCAGAACAAGGACAAGUACGAGCGCCUGCCGUACACCGGUGCCACGCUAAUGAGCGAGCCCGAGCUGCGCGCACUUGCCAUUGCCCUGCUGCAAGUCGUCAAGGUCAUGCACGCUCGAGGCUACGGGCACUGCGACAUCAAGCCCGCUAACGUGCUCGUGGACCAUGCGCCUGACGGCAGCAAGGUCUUCCGCGUCUGCGACAUGGGCAUUGCGUCCAAGGCAGACAAGUCAGGCCGGCUGCUGCAAUGCCCUGGCGGAACACCUGCCUUCGCUGCUGGCGAGGUCCUGCAAAAGAUUCGGCUCGGGAAGUCCCAGUACCCGGUCUGCCUUCAGUCGGAUAUGGCGGCUAUCGGGAUGGUGAUGGCGCAUGCUGCCGCCUUCCACGGCCUGCCGGGUGGCCUGCAGCAGUACGCCCUCUGGGCGCGCGACUUGCCUCACCGCACGCCGCCCGCACUCAAGGACUUUAUCGAGCAGCUCAUGUCCGUUGACCCCGCCGAGCGGCUCACACCCGAUCAGGCGCUUGCGCACCCGUGGCUGCAGUAGCGGCAGUGAGAUGAGAAUGUGCGGCCGAAUGGCAAGGGGUGGCGGCGGUGCAUGCGUGUGGUGCGCUGCUCAUGCUAGGUCGUGCGGCGUAGGCGGCUAGGCGCAGACGUUGAGACGGUGGGAGCUAUGCAGUACCGUACUAUUGGAUAGUUGAUUGUAGAUUGGGGUUGCAUUCUGAGUGCCGUUUACGCAGAGCCUUGGAUCACAUCAACCACAGAUAUCUGGCCUUUUGCUCAAAUGUUUCAGUGCAAUUACCGCAUUGGUGCACCGGUUGAAGCAUCUUGCAUGUCUUCAAUGCAAAUCCUAGCUAGGUGUUGAAUCCCCCGACAUAGAUUGUCACCUGCUACUACGGUACUGUAGGUCUUCGUCGGGGGCGGGCAAAGUGACUUUAAGUGCCGCCGCCAUUUCAAGUUUCAUGGUUGCAUGCGGGUAGGUUGAGUGCUGAGUAUUUAAGGACAUGCGCGUGCGGCUUCUAGGGUGGUGUGAUAGGACAGCACGGGCAGGACUUCCGGGACGGACGGAGUAAGGUAGAGCCGCCGCCGCAAGCGGCCAAGUCGCAUGCGGUAGCAAUAAUCUUUAAAGUGCAUGGAAUGGAUUGAAGGCAAUUAUACUGGACAGGGCACAGCGCCGGGUUGCAGGGAAAAGGUUUUUGCCAGCGUGCAAGUACGGUAGCGGCGCAAGCUCGUGCCAGACACUGAGCUGCAUCAGCGGUGUCAGGAGCAUGCACCCAUCCAUCACCAGGG